UUAAGAAUCAAUCAAGUAUUAAUCUUGCUUAUGCCUAUAUCAUAGUAUGGAAUUUAACCAUAGGUUUAUCAGAAUAAAAUACAAAUAAGUCCAGACAUUGUGCAAGCCAGAGUAAAAGAUUAUCACUUUCCGGCCCAGCAACUUAAGUAUUGCAAAAUAUUCAAGGAACGAUAAUGCAUAUUCACCACAGUGUAGAAUAUUCAAGAUUGAGGAUGACAGAGCAUUUAGAUUUCUGUUAAAUAUGUCACAAACUAUAAAAGAAAUCAUUUUUGAGGAAUUCCUGAAAUGCAGAAUUUGUAUGAAAGAAUUUCAAUAUCCGAAGGUACUAAAAUGCCUUCAUACAUUCUGUGAAGAAUGUAUAAAGGCAACAAUACAACACCAAAUUAUGACGUCACAUUCGGAGAUUUGGUGUCCUGUAUGCCGGACUAGAAUUGACGUCGAUUCAAAUGGUGACUAUAACCUUCAAACUAAUUUUCAAGUAAAGAAAUUACAGGGGAUUAUAGAGGGUUUACCGACAAAUGAAAUAUUUGCAGGAUUAUACAAAGCACAAGUUGGAUAUAAUCUAAAUAUAGCUCAUGCUGUCGCCAUUUCGGAGGCGAAUCAGUGCGUGUACCUUAAAGCUAGUGUCGACGAUCUUCGCUUUGCUGUCAUUGAAUUACGUCGACAGAUAGAGCAGUACAAAACUGAUUUGGAAAUAGAAAGAACCAUCACGGCAAAAAUGUCUGCACAAAUGGUAUCAAAGGACAACAUAAUUGUCCACUUAGAAAAGGCUGUUGAUAAUUUAACUUUAAAGGCACAAAAAAAUAACCCCGAGAAAACUGUGCAUGAUUUGGCGAAGUCAUCAUGUGUGUUCCAAAUAGUACAUAGAUGCGCAUCAUGUAUUGAAGGUUUUUGCAGAUGUUUUUCCAGAUUACUUCAGAUAAGUUAUGGCUGGCUGUAAAGAAGAACAAAUACGAAAGGAAUAAAAAGCAUCUACGUUUGUAGAUAGUAAUAUGGAAGACAUAUUCUCAUACACUCUUGUGCAACAAACUCGCCUUUUAAUAUUUUUAACCAGUUGCUAAACAUACUUUAUAUACCAUCUGAGGGAAAGGCCUUCAAGGUG